GCCGACGUAGAUUGUCCAGUGUGAAGUUUAUUGUCGACAGGUGCGUCUGAAGAGUUGUUAAGUUUUUUUUUAACGCAAUGGAUGUUGGUAGUUUUUACCUUACCUGUGUCCUGAUUUUUUCGUCGGCCUGUUUUACAGGUGUUGAGGCACAAACAUGUCUUGCGCAUUGUGAACAAGUGAAGACUAACCUGACGGCGACGGAUGCAUCAAACAACAACGUUGAUUUCUGCAAACUUAGUAGCCGAUACAUAUUUUGCCUGAUAAGCAAUAAACCAAACUGCCAUGACAACAAUGCAACGACAGCCGCCAAUUCGAUACUUGCAAAUACUCGGACUAAAUACUAUGCCAACUGCGGAUUAACAGAAAACGAUAUAACAACCUGUUCAACUUCACUAUCGGGACAGUGUUCUGCAGAUUUUAGUACAGCACAGAGUCAUCUGUUAAAACAAGAAUAUGUCCAGUAUUGCCAAACUGUGAGAGUAUACCUACGAUGCAUCAAAGAGAAGAUACCUACUGUUUGCUCAAACAGCAAGGUCUCUCCCACAGAUGCCGUAGGGAAUGCCGUUCUUGUCUACGGUUCUUCAAUAUGCAAGGGAGACAAUCCAAAUUUCCAGCAAUGCCAUGCAGUGUUCGCCAAAACGUGUGGUUCGUUUACCAGUUGCAGUUCUGUUUCUACUCUCAAGGCUUGUGCAGAAACAACCCAGUGCACUGAAGCCGGGAAAUCUCGUUUGCUACAGUUUAUCAACACAAGUUAUGAGGCUCCAUGUGCACAAGUGGAACAGGCUAAACUAUGUAGAAAUCUGACCAUGGUUUGUUCAGCCCUGUUGAUGUCGGCAUCGGAACUAUUAAAAACUGGAGAUACAAACGGUUGCCAAACUAAGCUUGAUGCUGCCAUUGAAUGUUACCAGGGCCUAACAGGAUGUGGCAAUAUCUCAUCACAAAUGGGAAUCUACAGAACCAUGUGCACCACACCCGUAGUCCUAUCACAAGGUCCAGUGUGCCCCAACUUCACCAACUGCAUAUAUAUGCUCAAACCCACAACAACAAGUAGCCAGAAUUAUUCGGCAAUGAUUCAAAGCCUUCAACAAACGUGCAGCGUGGUGGGACAGUUCAUGGACUGUUCUCAUAACACAUUCAGGGAGUGCGGAGUUGUGUUCAAAACAACAUACGAUUUCGCUUCUUUGAAAGAAAAUCUUAAAUCAGGUUGCAUAGCUAUGACCAACAACAAACUACUGUCUUGUGCGACAUUUAGCGUCUGUCUUGGAAGUUUUGGCGCCUCGUUAGGACGAGGCGUCCAAUCACCGGAGUUCUACUGUCGAUACGGCAAGGGUUUGGCAACAUGUGCUAAAUACUCAGCGAAGUCUUGUGGCCUAGAUAACGACGCACCCUUCAGUGACAACGUUGAACAAAUGUUGUCUUUCAUGAACAAGAAAUGUCCUAGUGCUGAUGUGUUCGUCCCAAGUUGUCCCGCUGCCGCUGAAUGUAAAUCGAAAUUUUCAAUUCCAAUAACAGAGAAUGCAUUUGGUGUCUUUCAAGCCGUGUGUCAGGAAGUGCCAGAAGGCUUACGGUGCCUGAACGGCAAGGCGAGCGAGUGUCAGCUAGCAGGCCUGCAGUCAUAUUCGUACGCAGACCUCGCUAAUGGUGUAACAAGCCUCUGUACAGCAAUCACAGAAAAUGCGGCGAUUGGCGCGUGCAGCGCAUUUACAGAUUGCUUGGGAAAGGUUGAGGUGGAGAAACUCAAUUCGCACUAUACGAACCCAAAGUUUCUCUGCAAGUUAUUGGCGAGAACAGCAGCCUGUGCAGCGUGGAGCGCUUCGACUUGUUUGCCUAGCAACACAGCCGCGAAGACGAGCUUUGAGAACAUCAUGCAGGAAUGGUAUAGCAAAUGCCCCAAUAUCGACCUCCCCUACUCGUCCUGUAACCAGGCUAUGACGUGUAUGCAGGCUGUCAGCUCUUUCAGGGGUUACUCUGGCACGUCAGUGGUAGAUAUCUGUCCGCAUAUGAAAUCUGUGAUGACGUGUUUGAAGAACGCUCUGGCAACGUGCUCCAUCAAACAGGCCUCAAACUACGACUUCGCAGAGAUGGCGACAUACUUUGAACAAACCUGUAACAUUCUCAAGAAUCCAGCAAACACGGCAUUGAAGGACUGCAAAAAAUUCGAUUCCUGUAUUCGACAGAUUAGUAACCCAGACCAAGCUAAGAUGCCGGCAGUAUACCCUGACCCUCGAUACUGGUGUGGAGUGAUUAGAGAUGCAGCUACAUGCGCUUUCAAAUCGGCCAAUGGCUGCAACAUAGCGAGAAAUUCAGAACUGAAGAAAGAUUCUGCGGACGUGGUGAACUCUGUGAGCACUAAGUGCCCUAUCGAUGGAUUCCAAAAAAUCACCUUUCCAGUUGCAGCUGCACCAAGUAUGUUCACCAGUGCAUCUGUUAUCACCAUCCUGAUUGCCUUCUUGUCGCCAGUUCUCCUUUGAGACCGAUGAUAAACCACUACUGCAAUAAUCUGGGGCCUAUUUUACAUAACGCUACUUUAAUAAUCUGGGGCCUAUUUGACUAAAUGCUCGCAACUUUACGAUUUGAUGGUACAAUGAAAAAAUACUUGCCAUGGCAUUGGCAAGUGGUGGAAGGCACGACACCAUCAUCUGUCGUGUCGUAAAAUGCUGUAAUAGCUUAAUAUAAUCGGAUUUCUCAUUAAAAACAAUAAUAGAACAUUCUGUAAUGCUUUUAGAAACCAGCCUCGGUGGUGUCGUGGUUAAGCCAUCGAACACAAGGCUAGUAGGUACAGGGUUCGCAGCCUGGUACCGGAUCCCACCCAGAGCAAGUUUUAAUGACUCGAUGGGUAGAUGUAAGACCACUACACCCUCUUCUCUCUCACUAACAAAUAACACAUAACGCAUUGUCCUAAUAAAUCAAUGUACUCGACUAGUGUUGUCGUUAAACAGUACAGUCUUUUUUGUAAACCCCUUUCGCUAAAAGUAUCUGUUAUCAAAUACCCUCAACAACGAAAGUUUAGCAAAUAUCUUUUAUGAAGUCUAAAUUUGCCAUUGUUGAAUAAACUUAAAAAGAAAACCGGGUCCUCCUGUUGUGUUAAGGCAAAGGUUGAUAA